AUGGAGGAGGGCAUGGAAUUGCAACUUUCCCUUGACAAGCUCCCAAUCAAGCGCUUGGAUUCCAUUGAAGAAAAUGGAAUUGAACGAUUCCCUUUAGAUGUGGAUUAUGAUGAAAAGAGAACCUCUCUGAUCAGGCGAAUUGACUUCGCCUGGGCCAUUGAGAAGGAUGAGGAGAAGAAGAAGCAGAAGAAGAGCUCAAAGGAGGCCUCAACACCAUGGCAAUGGCAAGGCAUGGUGGAGAAUUUGCAGUUGGCUCAUCAGGAGCUUUCUGUCAUCAUAGAUAUCAUUAACACUGUGGAAGCAAAUGAUGCAGUAGCUGUGGCUAGCAUGAACAGGCCAAAAUCAUUACCAAAUGAAACUUUGUCAGAUCUUGCUGUAUCUGCAGCCUCCAAGCUUCAAUGCUACCGUCAAGUUGGGAAAUAUUUCAAGCAAUCUGCCAAAGCUUUUGAACAGCAGGUUGCUCGGGAAGCUAGGUUUUAUGGUGCCCUUAUCAGAUUGCAGCAAAACUGGAAAGUAAAACGGCAACGACAGACAUCUUUAGUUCCAGGGAAUGAAGGAUUCACUUUCGAUCUCUUUGAUAACUCGUAUGAUCAAGGAGCUAUUUUUCGGUCACCUCAUAUGUCCACUGUUCGUGUCAAUCAUGAUGCAGCUGGGAUGCUGGCAAUAAAUGUGUCUCCCGAGUUAUGUCAUUCUCUCCAAUUUGGUUUUGUCGGUGCACAGCCAGAUGACAUGCAGAAGAAAUCCAAUGAAGACAAAUCCCACUUACCUGGUGAGGAUUGCUUGGAAGAAUCAGGAAUAGAAUCUUCAAAUGAUGAGAAGUGUGUGAAGAAAACACAUUUUCUCCUUCGUGAUGUACAUAAAGCAAUUUUCAACGAGCAGGUGUUUGAUUUGGUGAAUCGAGAAGCAUUUAACACAUCUGCCGGUUACACUCUGACUGGAAUAAGGGAAAAUUAUUUACAAUUAAGUUUAGGUCAAGGAACCUCUGUGUACUUGUCACUGGUGUCCUCUGGUCAAGAUCGUCAUAGAGUUGAAGGUGAACUUACCAAUAAUGCAAAUGAUGCAUUUUCAACUUUGGAGUCGUCUGACGUGUUGAUGCAUGAUGCCCAACAAAACACCCUUAGGAAGAAUGGGCAGCAUUCUAAUUCCUCAUGCUAUGAGAUUUACAUUCAACAGAUUUAUCACGAGCAUAUAUUUGGAAAAGACAGCGAAAAACAAAUUUCCUCUGGUAAUCGUUUAUCUGGUGCACAGGCAAAAGAUGGAUCAACUCUUCUUGGUCACUUUUUCAUGUCUUUGUCUCAUAGGAUAAUUUCAAGUAAAAUUCUUGCAGAGCUGGAAAAUGUGGUCUUCAAGGUCCCUUAUCUCCAACUAAUUUCCAAUCCCACAUGGCAGUCUCGGGAGUCAUCAUGGACCUUAUUCAUGGAGGUUCCUUCAUCUAUUCUUCGCGGUUGCCAAAUCAAAACAUCAGAUCAUUUUGAUAAAAAUGCUAUCAAGCGUCAGUUUUGGAUUAAGGUCACGGUAAUUGAUGAUUGCAUCAAUGUUAAAGCAGAAGGUUCUCCUAAUGUGGCGGGCCUGUUCAAGGGAAAAUCUGAGGAUACCCACUCAAUAAACCAAUAUAAUUGCAACUUAGCUGAUCUUCCUGUGAUUAUUUUGCAGCAGGUGGCCAGCCAGAUUGUUAAUUGGCUAUAUUACGAAGCUCUGAUGGUUGGGAUAAAGGCAAAUCGGGACUUCUUAUGCUUAUCGUUUGAACUGGAGCAGGGUGAAGCACUCGGCCUUGUCGCAAAUGUGGAUCCAGAAGAUAAUGAUGGCUGUAUAUCUUGGUGGUUAGUCAUGGACGAUAGUUUUGCAGAGGUGCAAAAGCUUCAUACCAACCUCACUGAUGGUGCCUCUGAAUAUAGGAAAUUCUUAGGUCCUUUGUCUCUUGAUUUGUUAUAUGCUACCCUGAUAGAUUUAAUUGCCCUUGUUAGUGGCAGUGGCCAAUGA